CCUGUCAAAGAAAGAAUUAGAAGACUAGAUUGAUUUCUCAAAAAAAAAAAAAAGAGUGUUUAGAUUGAACCGAACCGUCUUCAUCGAUGUUUCCCGCUCUAUUCUGAAACCCUAGGGUUUGAGUCGACCACAGUUUUCUUUCCUCAGCGAUUUGAAUCGUUCGGUGUUUUGUGAAUCAAUUCGUUUCUCUGAUGGUUUUGCCCAUGGCGAUUGCACUCGGAAUCCUCUUUUCAGUGGUCGUGGUCCUCCAUCCGCUAAUCCUUCAUCUCAUCCCGGUGGUGCUGCUCUGCGUCUCAGGACUCUUUGCCAAUCUGGUUCAGGCGUUUUGCUUUGUUUGUAUCUGGCCGAUUUCGAAGAACGCAUACGCAAGGAUAAACGGCGUGGUUAAAGAAUUGGAUUGGCGGGUUCUGCUAGGCCUCAUUGAUUGGUGUGCUGGCGUUAAGAUCCUAGAGUGCGUAGAGCUCGAAACCAGCCAGUUAAAGGGUGAAGAACAUGAACUUGUCAUAUCCAAUGCUAGAAAUGGUGCCGAUCCUCUUCUUGAACUGGUUCUCGCUCAGUGGUCAGGUUGCCUUGGCAGUUUAUUAGCUGUAAUAAAGACAUCAGCAAGAUACAUACCGGUCAUAGGUUGGUCAAUGUGGUUUUCUGGAUAUGUUUUUUCAGGAAGAAGUUGUGACCAAGAUGCCAGAAAACUUAAGUCAGAUCUAAAAGACUUCCCUCAACCCUUUUGGUUAUCUGUUGUGCUAGAAAGAACUGGUUUUACUCAGGGAGAGCUUCUAGCUGCACAGAGGCUUCCUGUCCCUAGCAAGGUUUUGAGUCCUGAUACUAAGGAUUUGGUCUAUGCAGUAAGACGUGCGUACUCUGUUGUUUCAGCCAUUUAUGUCAUAACAGUGGCCAUUCCUGAAACUUCACCUCCACCUACACUUGAAAGUGUAAUUAAAGGGGGACCUUCUGUGGUGCAUGUGUACAUCAAGCAGCAUGCGACUAAAAAAUGUUCUGAAACUGAUGAUGCUGUUAAAAAGUGGUGCACAGAAAUACUUGCAGCCAAGAUAGCAGAACAAACUUUUGGCAAUAAAGGAUUGCAAGCUAUUGGUCGGUCACUUAAGUGUUUCUUGGUUGUUAUCUCUCUAAUCGUGUUAGGGUCUCUAAAGUUCAACUUCGUCUGCUGUUCCACACUGCUUGUAUUGAGUGCUGCCCUGUUUACUGGCCGGGUGCUUACUCUGUUCGGCUGUGGAGUGCUUUCGCUGUUGCAGUGUUUCAUGGAGGCCGCUAUAGCAAAUAUUAGUUGGUCAGAGCACCUCAAGCCCAUCUGUGGCUGGUUGAUUGAUAUUCUUGGAGAAUUGCUUUCGACGCUUCCCUGUGACAGACCUUGGUUGUGAACAAUUCAAAAAAAGUCUUGUCUUAGACUUCUGUGUAUAAUGAUAGUAUGAAAAAUUAUGACUAGCUUAAUAUGAAGUUUUGGGGAUUAGUUUCUCCUAAUUGUGCCAUGUACCUAGAAUGUGAGAAAUCUAUUAAAAGUCAUCAAACUUUCCCUUG